AUGUCACCCAAAGCUGAUGUCGACGGCCGUUCUCGGAAAUGGAUAAGGAAAAGAGGAAUAAUGGGGGUGUUUUCCAACCGCUCAGAUAAGUUAUGUGGGACGCCGCGUUGCCAAUUCGGAUCAGUGCAAGCGUUCCAUGUGCCAGAUCAAGCAACUUUCUCACAGCUCCGUUUCACAGCAACGACCUCCCCAAUGCAUGCAUUUCGAAAUUUGAAACUGAUGGUGGUGGGGGGGAGGCAAGGCGAUUUGAUAUUCGCUUUCUCACCCCCAUUCCUUAAAGUUCCAACUCUAAAGAGAUUUACGGAGGCGGCGAAUGCACGGUUCCCAUCAGAUUGUGGUCGGCUGGCGGACCGGAGCGUCGCCCCGAAUCUCCGUCCUGAUUUCGAGAACGCAAGGUAG